AUAAAAAGAAAUAUUAAUAUUUAAUAUAAUUUAGAAAAAAAUUGAUAGUUUUUAAAAAUGGUUGAUAACACAUAUCCUUAUUAUGAUCAAGAUUGGAGCGUUUUGCCACCAGAUCAAAAUCGAAGGUUUAAUCCAGCAUUUAAUAUGGCUACAAUACGCCAAGCAUUUAAUGAAGCUGUCGAAAGGGUGAGAAUGCCCACACCUACAAGAUUAAGAGAUUUAAUUAGACAAAUUCGUGCAGCGCGUACAGCAGCUGAAGAAAGAGCUGUAGUUAAUAAAGAAUGUGCCUAUAUACGUAGCACGUUUCGUGAAGAAGAUUCUGUUUGGAGGUGUAGAAAUAUUGCAAAAUUACUUUACAUACAUAUGUUAGGAUAUCCAGCACAUUUUGGUCAACUAGAAUGUUUAAAGUUAACAGCAAGUCCACGUUUUACAGACAAACGAAUUGGUUAUUUAGGUGCAAUGUUGUUAUUAGAUGAAAGACAAGAUGUUCAUUUAUUAAUAACAAACUGCUUAAAGAAUGAUUUAAACAGUUCAACACAAUUUGUCGUCGGUUUGGCGCUAUGUACAUUAGGUGCAAUUGCUUCACCAGAAAUGGCAAGAGAUUUAGCAAGUGAAGUUGAAAGAUUAAUGAAAUCACCAAACACUUAUAUACGUAAAAAAGCGGCAUUAUGUGCGUUUCGUGUUAUAAGGCGUGUACCGGAAUUAAUGGAAAUUUUUUUGCCAGCAACAAGAUCUCUUUUAAGUGAAAAGAAUCAUGGUAUUUUAAUUACUGGAGUAACUUUAAUAACCGAAAUGUGUGAAAAUAGCGUGGAUACUUUAAAUCAUUUUAAAAAGGAUAGUGGAAAUCGAGAGAUCGUCCCAAAUUUAGUAAGAAUUUUAAAGAAUUUAAUAUUGGCUGGUUAUUCUCCAGAACAUGAUGUUAGUGGUGUUAGUGAUCCAUUCCUUCAAGUAAAAAUCUUAAGGCUAUUAAGAAUUUUGGGUCAUAAUGAUCCAGAUGCAUCAGAAGCAAUGAAUGAUAUUUUAGCUCAAGUUGCAACAAAUACUGAGACUAGUAAAAACGUUGGCAAUACAAUAUUAUAUGAAACUGUUUUAUCAAUUAUGGAUAUACGUUCGGAAGGUGGUUUGCGUGUUUUGGCUGUUAAUAUUUUAGGCCGAUUUUUAUUAAAUAGCGAUAAAAAUAUACGUUAUGUUGCUUUAAAUACCUUAUUAAGAACCGUGCAUGCCGAUACAUCAGCUGUACAAAGGCAUAGAACAACUAUUUUGGAAUGCUUAAAGGAUCCUGAUGUAUCAAUACGUAGGCGUGCUAUGGAAUUAUCAUUUGCUUUAAUAAAUUCACAAAAUAUUCGUACUAUGACCAAGGAAUUAUUAUUAUUUUUGGAGAAAGCUGAUCCAGAAUUUAAGGCACAUUGUAGUUCUGGCAUGAUUUUGGCCGCUGAACGCUAUGCACCAUCACCGCGCUGGCAUUUAGAUACUUUAUUAAGUGUCUUAAUAGCUGCUGGUAAUUAUGUUCGAGAUGAUGUUGUUUCAUCCACUAUUCAAUUAAUAUCAGGAAGUUCUGUACCAGAACAAACAUAUAUAACAAGUCGUUUAUGGGAAUCAAUUCAAGUAAAUAAUCAUUGUGAAGAUAAACAGCCUUUACUUCAAGUUGCUGUUUGGGCAAUAGGUGAAUAUGGUGAUUUAUUUAUGUAUGGCGAAAAUCCUGAAGAAUUUGAAAAACCUCCCGAAACUGAAUUGAUUGCACUUUACAAUAAAUUUUUAACUUCUGCUCAAGUAUCAACAACAAGUAAGCAAUACGCUCUCGUUUCACUAGUUAAAUUAAGCACAAGGCUACAAAGUGGUCAAGAGGAAAUUAAAGCAUUAAUAGAGACAUUUGGUACACAUUUGAAUGUAGAUUUACAGCAACGUGGUGUCGAAUUUACUCAACUAUUUAAUUCGCAUCAACAUUUAAGGCCGCCCUUAUUAGAAAAAAUGCCGCCGUUACAAGUUAAUCGUUCUUCACCACAAAACAAUUCAAACAAUUCAUAUGAAGAAAACGGAUCUGAAUUAAUUGAAAAUGGUUUAGAAGAAAGUGAACAACAUAAUCAAGGAGACCAAUCAAAUGCAUUAUUAGAUUUAUUGUGCGGUACAGAUAUAAGUCCAUCAGACGUUACCUUACAAAGAAAAAAUUCUAAAAACGCGAAUACAAUAUCAUCGGAAUUACAAACCCCAACAACAAACAAUCAAGAUUUAUUAGAUUUAUUAGGUGGUUUAGAUUUAACAACAUCAAACUCUCAACAGCCACAACAAAUAACAUCAACAAAUAUAGAAAACCAUAUAUUAAAUAAUAUAAACACAAUUCCAACAACAAAUGGUGAUGGAGAUUUAGUUGCGAAUUUAGCACUUAAUCCAGCAUUAACCAGUUUAAAUAAUAUGAAUAUUUUAGAAUCUAGUAUGUUAUCAAAUAAUUUAAUUCAAAAUCAAAUUCAGUCCGAAGGCCCUAAAAUGACAGCGUUAGAUAAAAAUGGAUUAUUAGUACAAUUAUGUCCCUCGAAGGGCAGCGAUUGUCUACAAGUUUUUAUGACAGCUACUAAUAAUUCUGCAACAAACGUAGAACAAUUUUUGUUUCAAGCUGCAGUUCCUAAGAGUUUUACAUUACAAAUGUUAUCACCCUCAGGCUCAUUACUAACACCUGGUGGUAUUAUUACACAAGAAAUGCGAAUUGUCAGUACGUCCAAGACUGUUUUACGAAUGAGACUACGCAUAUCAUAUGUAAUUGAUGGCCAACCAAUUCUCGAACAAACGGAAGUUAGUGGUUUUCCUGAAAACUCUUUCGAAUAAAUCUGUCCGUUCAUUAAAAUUAAUAUAAUUAUAUAGUUUUUUUUUUGUCAUUUAUAUUUUCAUUAUUUAUAAAUAUUAUAUGUAUAUACGAUAUGUAAAUGCAUAUAUUUUUAAUACAUGUAUUCUUCUCAUUUAUUAUAAUAUAUUUCAAUAUUAAAACUAUAUAAAGUCAAAUUAUUAAUUUUAUUUCAUUGAGUUUUUUUUUUUUUUUAUAAAAAUGUUAAUUUUCGCAACAUUUUAUUGGAUAUAUUAUAAAAAAUUAAUAAAGACAAAACAAUAUAAUUAUAAAAAUUUGAAUUAAAAUAAAAGUAAUUUAAAAAAGAAAAUAUUAGAAUUUUUAUACUAAAAUAAAUUGUUAUAAAAAAAAAAGUAUAUUAAUUAAAUUUAAAUUAAAUUUAAAUAUAAAAAUUUUCAAAGAAGCUGAAUCACAAUAAAUAAAUAUAAAAAUAAACAACACAAGCAAGAAAUAAGAAAAAAGUAUUUUGUUAGAUAAAUAUAUUAAUUUUCAGUUUUUUUUUUAUUAUUAUUACAAAAUACAUAUGUAUUUAUAUAUAAAGAAAACGUCGCUGAUACUUUAACAUGAAAUUCAUGAAUAUUAAUUAAAAUUAAAAUCAAAUAGCUUAAAAUAUACAAUAUGAAAAAUAACAGAAAGGUGAUUCAAAAAAAAAAAAAAAAAACUAACAUUAGCUAUAGAUAUAAAAAUAAUAUGAAAUAAAAUUUUAUAUAAUAAAAUCAUAUUACAUAUUUUAAUUUUAUUAUUAAUGUAGGGUGGGAAAAACUAAAUGUUCAAUCAUAGCUAGUAACAUUAUUACCCAAAAAAAAAAAAAAAUUAUAAAUGAAAAAAUGCUUUUUAUUUAUUGAAUCUUUUCAAUACC